UAAAAAAGGGCCACGUAAUGGCCAAAUUUGCAAAUGAUAUGCAUUUCAUAAUUUGGUUGAAAGGUGAAGACGACCAUUAUUUUAGUAUUUUAGAAACCCAAAUUAACGAAACAUUAUCGUUGGGGCUCCGUUCGUCAAUUUGGGUAUUUCCAAAACAAGACAUUAUGGACUAUUAUUCGGGGUUUUGUGCAUUGGUUAGGUCCAAGCUGGCUGACAAUGCACAAAACUUCGAGAUCAUAAUUUGUGAUCCAAAUCUGUCAGUAACAACUUCUAUGGUGGCAGGAAAAUGGCCAAGAGGCAGGGCUCAUCACCGGCCCUCGCCCACGUUAUACACACCUGCCCGUGACCAAGUCGGGCUUAUACGUGGGCGUGGCACCCAAUCAAUAACCGUCCAUAGAGGACGUGGUGAACAUGGUGGACGUGGUGGACGUGGUGGACGUGGUGGACGUGGUGGACGUGGCGGAGAUGGUGGGCGUGGCGGACAUGGUGAACAAACGUCCACACCGUCCAUGAAUAUUUAUACAAACGCAUUAGAAGCGCUAGGACGCACCAUUACAUCAUCAUUGUAUCAGUCGGUUAUUGAAUUGGCCACACAAGCCACAAAUCCACAACCCGCAACUACAAGUCCACAACCCGCGCCAGGGUCAUCGUGGCAUUACAACGUGAACUUUAGACGUGGACGGGCACGUGGACGGCCACCAAUUAUGUGCCACAACUGCAGGGCAUUUGGCCAUACGCGGAAUUACUGUCCUAACAAAUGUAAG